CAAGUAAACAACAACAAAGGCAACUUAUUACCGAGUGAUUUAAUUGGUGGUCUGGUCCUAGACACCCAAGCCUUGGAGACCGAAUGACUGUCCCCCAAGCAAAGUCACGGAGUGGGGACAUCCGCUCGCCCCCAGAUGAGAGCUGUUUCUUGCCUGGCCGCCCUCUGCGGAGGGAGAAAGGGAGACCCUCCAGGGAGGGUGGGGGCUUGCGGGUCCCCGGGGAUCCCGCCUGCAGGUCUCAACCCAGGCCUGAGGGAAGGAGGGAGGAAGAGCCCUGCACAGCCAGCCACGCGCGCCCGCCACCGGAGCACCCAAAGCCAGACCCCAAAGGCCGGAGGAAGCCAACUGUCUUGACGGGGACGCGGUUCCCAAGCGGGGCCGCUUGGUCUGUCCAUUGCCUUGAAUCUGAGAGGUCUCGCUGAGUCACCCCCGAAGCCUCUGGUGUUGAAACUGGUCCGGUGCCUCGUGCUGAUUAAUGAGUUACAAAUCCCCCACCCAUGAGCACUCUCCUGGCCACGGGGAGGAGAAUGAAGGACCCCGUGAACUUGAGGGGAAAACCCUCAACCAAGCGCCCUCUUCUCUCCUCCCGGCCAGGGCAGUGGGCCUGUGGUGCCCUCUUCCUGCCCCCCAGGGGGCAUUGUGAGCCGGUUAGUCACCUGCCCCAGCCCCAGCGCCUCGCUUAGCCUGGGCUUUUGGAAAUGGGACAGGCGGCGGGACAAUAGGCAGGGGGGGGCGGUCAGCCCAGACAAAGGGCAGCAGGAAAAACACCAUCACUUGCUUCGAGGCCAGCUCGCUGGCAUUUGGGAGAAUGUGUCAUUGCAUUUACUCAGGGGGAGGGGGAGGGGAGGGAAGGUUAGCGAUGUGGAGACAGAGGUAGAGUGAGAGCUGGGACCCCGCCGGGCCGGGGGGCUGGCGCCCCCGGGGCCGACUCGGAGGGAGAAGAAAAGGAGCGGGCAGCCCACUCCCCUGGCUCUUGGGAGUUUGCAGUCGGACCGAUGCCCUCCCGCCCCCUCCCCCAGGAGGCCCAGGGUGGUACCGCCGCAGCCUCGCCUCACCUCACCCCCCCUCGGGGUUGUGGGAGGGAGAGGAGCCCCAGAAGCCCUCCCUUCCCUCCUCCCCCCUCCUCCCCCCACCCCGGGGAGGGCCGCUACAAUUUGUGGUUACAGCUUUACACGUCAGAAAAAAAAAGUUUGCAGAAUGUCCCACACCGAAAAAAAAAAAAAAAAUCCGAAACCGAACGAAAAAAACCUGCGAGUGGGCCUGGCGGAUGGGAUUAUUAAAGCUUCGCCGGAGCCGCGGCUCGCCCUCCCACUCCGCCAGCCUCCGGGAGAGGAGCCGCGCCCGGCCCGCCCGGCCCCCAGCCCCAUGGACCUCCGAGCAGGGGACUCGUGGGGGCUGCUCGCUUGCCUGUGCACCGUGCUGUGGCACCUCCCUGCCGUGCCAGCCCUCAACCGCACAGGGGACCCGGGGCCUGGCCCCUCCAUCCAGAAAACCUAUGACCUCACCCGCUACCUGGAGCACCAACUCCGCAGCCUGGCUGGGACCUAUCUCAACUACCUGGGCCCCCCUUUCAACGAGCCUGACUUCAACCCACCGCGGCUGGGGGCAGAGGCUCUGCCCCGGGCCACGGUCAACCUGGACGUGUGGCGAAGCCUCAACGACAAGCUGCGUCUGACCCAGAACUACGAGGCCUACAGCCACCUCCUGUGCUACUUGCGGGGCCUCAACCGCCAGGCUGCCACGGCCGAGCUGCGCCGCAGCCUGGCCCACUUCUGUACCAGCCUGCAGGGCCUGCUGGGCAGCAUCGCGGGCGUCAUGGCGGCGCUGGGCUACCCGCUGCCCCACCCUCUGCCCGGCACUGAGCCCACCUGGGCCCCCGGCCCUGCCCACAGUGACUUCCUCCAGAAGAUGGAUGACUUCUGGCUGCUGAAGGAGCUGCAGACCUGGCUGUGGCGCUCAGCCAAGGACUUCAACCGGCUCAAGAAGAAGAUGCAGCCCCCGGCCGCUGCGGUCACCCUGCACCUGGAGGCCCGCGGCUUCUGACCUCUGACCUUCACCACCUUCUCCCUCCCGCCCCUCCAAACCCUGCCCCCACUCCAGGAGGGAGAAGUGCAAACGUGGUUGCCAACACUUGUCGAGCCAGGGGACAGAAGCCAUGAGCCUUGAGCUCUCCGUGGCCUCGUGGCCUGGGAGCGGGCAAUGCGGUAAAGGCCACGGCCUCCCCACUCCCCAGGGUCCGGCAGGUCUGGGAAGAGGUGCAAUGGGCCCCAGCCCCGUUCCACAGGAUGGAAUGCUCAAGGGAGCCCAGAGCAGUGCCAGUCGGUGCAAGGCUCUCACAGCGUCCUGCUUCCUGCCCACCACUGGCCAGGGCCCACCCAGCCCCCCGAGUGGCACUUCCAGGAAGCAUGUCUGUAGGUGGGGAGGGGGCCACCAUCGCACGUGCCUUUUUGGGGUGAAGCCCUCUGGCUGCCCCGCUCUCCUUACAUGGGUGUUGCUCCCCUACCCCCCCAAAGGACCCAACACAUCCAGUUCGGAAAACAAACAACAGUGGCAGAGUCCAAACAGGAAGAGAUGGGAUUAAAAAUGGAAGAGGCAGGGGCCUCAGUGGAGGAAAUACUGAAAGCAGACGGGCAGGGACAGACCGGACCCAGGGGUCACCCAGGCAGCUGGUGGCCCGGGGUGGCAACCAAAAGGACAGUGCCUUGAAUUUUCUUGUCAGCUUCAGGGCGCCUCCUCCCACCCCCUUUCCCAGGGUAUCUGUGGGCGGCCCCGGCUGGGGAGGGCAGCCACAGCCACAGCCACAGAAUUUCCUGAAAGUUUACAUUGCAGUAGCAUUUUGGGGUGCGGGGGCAGCUCCCCCAGGCCCUGCCCCCCAGCCCCACCCACUCAUGACUCUAAGUUUGUUGUAUUAAUAUUUAUUUAUUUGGAGAUGUUAUUUAUUAGAUGAUAUUUAUUGCAGAAUUUCUAUUCUUGUAUUAACAAAUAAAAUGCUUGCCCCAGAA